AUGGCUGAUAUAAAGUCAAUGUUUCAAAAAAUUAACAAUGGCACACAGAAUGGUACUAAGGACGCUACACCCCCCAAAAAUCAAAAGGGUAGUAUAGAAAAGACUUAUCAGAAAAAGUCACAGCUUGAGCACAUUCUUCUUAGACCCGAUACAUACAUUGGGUCUGUUGAACGGGCCACAGAAACUAUGUGGGUCUUUGAUAAGAGUAAGGAGUGCAUGGUGCAGAAGGAAUUAACUUAUGUACCAGGUUUGUACAAAAUAUAUGAUGAAAUAUUAGUAAAUGCAGCUGAUAAUAAGCAGAGAGACCCUAAGAUGGACGUUAUAAGGAUUGAGAUCAACCAAGAACAAAAUACAAUUUCUGUAUAUAAUAAUGGAUGCGGGAUUCCAGUAGUCAUGCAUAAAGAUGAAAAAAUGUAUGUUCCCACUAUGAUUUUUGGACAUUUGCUGACAUCAUCUAAUUACAAUGAUGAAGAAGAAAAAGUGACUGGUGGCCGUAAUGGUUAUGGUGCAAAAUUGUGUAAUAUAUUUUCCACAAAGUUUACAGUUGAAACUGCAUCUAAGCAAUAUAAAAAACAUUUUAAACAGACUUGGGGAUCUAAUAUGACAAAAGCUUCUGAGCCAAAGGUAAAAGAAUCUGGCAAAGACGAUGAUUUUACAAAAGUGACAUUUAGCCCUGAUUUGGCUAAAUUUAAAAUGGAGAAAUUAGAAGACGAUAUUGUAUGUCUAAUGUCACGACGUGCGUACGACGUAGCUGCAUCAACAGCAGGCGUCAAAGUGUAUCUCAAUGGAGAAAGGCUCAAAAUAAAUAAAUUCAAAGACUACAUUGAUUUACACAUAAAAGGCAAAGAGGAUGAGGCUGGACAACCACUGAAGGUUGUCUAUGAAAAAGUUAAUGAACGGUGGGAAAUUGCUCUCACCCUCUCUGACAGAGGUUUCCAACAAGUUUCAUUCGUAAAUUCUAUUGCUACCACUAAAGGAGGUAAGCAUGUUGACACCGUAGCAGAUAGUAUUGUGAAGAAUGUUCUGGAAGUAUUAAAGAAGAAAAAUAAAGGUGGUGUGAACAUUAAACCUUUCCAAGUCAAGAAUCACAUGUGGAUUUUUGUCAAUUGCCUCAUCGUAAACCCAACCUUUGAUUCACAAACCAAAGAAAACAUGACACUCCAAGCCAAGAGCUUUGGAUCGAAAUGCACUUUCUCAGAGAAAUUUAUUACGGCAGUUUCUAAGAGUGGCUUAGUAGAAUCCGUAUUGACAUGGGCUAAGUUUAAAGCUCAGAAUGAACUUGUGAAAGCUUCUGGUAAAAAGCAGAGCAAGUUGAAAGGUAUACCUAAGUUAGAAGAUGCUAACGAAGCGGGUACAAAGAAUUCACAUUUGUGUACUUUAAUUCUUACCGAGGGAGACUCAGCUAAAACGUUAGCUGUAUCGGGGUUAAGUGUUGUUGGGAGGGACCACUAUGGGGUGUUCCCAUUGAAGGGUAAACCUUUAAACGUCCGAGAUGCUUCACAUAAACAGGUUCUCGAGAAUGUGGAGAUAAAUAAUCUCAUUAAAAUCUUGGGCCUUCAGUACAAAAAGAAGUACAACUCGAUAGACGAUUUAAAGUCACUUCGUUACGGCAAAGUGAUGAUAAUGGCCGAUCAGGAUCAUGACGGAUCGCAUAUAAAAGGUUUGAUCAUAAAUUUCAUCCAUCACAAUUGGCCUGAGCUGUUAAAACUGCCGUUUUUGGAAGAAUUCAUUACGCCGAUUGUCAAGGCAAGUAAGAAAGAUAAGGAAAUAUCAUUUUACUCAUUACCCGAGUUUGAAGAAUGGAAGAAUGAAACGGACAAUUAUCACACAUACAAUAUCAAAUACUACAAGGGUUUGGGUACCUCCACUGCUAAGGAGGCUAAAGAGUAUUUCCAGAAUAUGGAGAGGCAUAGGAUAAGAUUUAAAUAUGCGGGAGCAACCGACGAUCAUCACAUAGAACUGGCGUUCAGCAAGAAAGGAGCUGAUCAAAGGAAGGAAUGGUUGACCAGCCACAUGGAGGAAGUCAAGCGACGAAAGGAGAUUGGAUUACCAGAACGCUAUCUGUACACCAAGGAAACUAAGACCGUUACAUACUCUGACUUUGUCAAUUUGGAGCUGGUUCUAUUUUCUAAUGGGGAUAAUGUGAGAUCAAUACCAUCUAUGAUAGACGGGUUGAAGCCAGGUCAGAGGAAAGUGAUAUUCACUUGCAUCAAACGUAACGACAAACGAGAAGUGAAAGUCGCACAAUUGGCUGGUUCAGUGGCUGAACACUCGGCUUAUCAUCAUGGUGAACAAUCCCUUGCGAUGACGAUCGUAAAUCUCGCACAAAACUACGUGGGUUCAAACAACAUAAAUUUGUUAGAACCCCGUGGUCAGUUCGGUACUCGCUUGUGCGGAGGCAAAGACUCGGCCAGUCCCCGUUACAUCUUCACGCUGAUGUCACCACUCACGAGGCUGGUGUUCCACCCUCACGACGACCCUUUGCUACUGCACGAGUUUGAAGAUAACCAGAAAAUAGAACCAAUUCACUACGCUCCCAUACUUCCGAUGGUGUUGGUGAAUGGAGCCGAAGGAAUCGGUACUGGAUGGUCUACGAAGAUACCUAAUUACAAUCCGAGGGAUAUUGUUGCUAACAUACGGCGUAUGCUUGAUGGCGAAGAACCGAAACCAAUGCACCCCUGGUACAAAAAUUUCCGCGGAACCAUAGAGAGUUUCGGUGAUAAAUACGUUAUUUCCGGCGAGGCCGCCAUUUUGCCCAACGACAAGAUUGAAAUCACUGAACUUCCGGUUGGCACGUGGACACAAAAUUAUAAAGAAAAUGUUUUGGAACCCCUUUUGGGAACGGAUAAAGUGAAGCCGGUUAUAUCCGAGUAUAGGGAAUACAAUACAGACACGACAGUUCGCUUCGUCGUGUCCCUUUUGCCGGGAAAACUCGCCGAAGUAGAGGCUGAGGGCAUCCACAAAGUGUUCAAAUUGCAAACGACCAUCUCUAUGACUUGUAUGAACGCUUUCGACCACAACAACUGCUUAAAGAAAUUCGACAAAGUAGAAGAGAUCUUGCGGCAGUUUUAUGACGUCCGACUGCGAUACUACGCCAAGAGGAAGGAAUUCCUCGAAGGGCAACUGCAAGCGGAGGCAGACAAACUGACAAACCAGGCUCGGUUCAUCGUAGAGAAGUGUGACAAGGGGUUGGUGGUCGAAAACAAGAAGAGAAAGGUGAUGGUGGAUGAGUUGAUCAAACGAGGUUACGCCCCUGAUCCCAUCGCGGAUUGGAAGAAACGAGCGACCAAAAUGCAAGGUCUGAACGCGUUGGAGGAUGAUGAGGCAGAGGAAUCCGAGGAGGAACUAGAACCUGAGCAGACUAAAGGGGGAAAACCAGUAGAUCCCGAGAAAGCAUUCCAACAAUUAAAGGAAGUAAAGAAGUUCAACUACCUUUUGGGGAUGUCGAUGUGGAUGCUGACGAAGGAGAAGAAAGAUGAGCUGCUCAAGCAAAGGGAUCAGAAGUUAUCAGAAUUGGAGGCUCUCAAAAAGAAAACUCCAUCAAUACUAUGGCGGGACGAUCUUGACAUCUUCCUCGUGAAACUAGAAGAUCUGGAAGAGAGUGAGAGGCAAGAAGAGGCUGCUACCAACAGAAAGACGUCUAAGGCACAGGCAGCGAAUAAGAAGAACCGCAAAUCAAUUAUGGAGAUCAUUCCUUCCAAUAACGGAAGACGAGUGGAACCAAAAAUAUCUGAAGAUAUCAUCAAGAGGAUCCAAGCUGCCGAAAAAGCCAAGAUCAAGAAGGAAGUUAAGAAAGAGUAUGAUCCGGAUGAUCCGACAGGUGUGAGUCCCGCGAGUAACGAGAAGAAACCGCGAGGUAGAGUCAGAGAAAGUAGAGAAAGUUGA